CUCUGGAGAGAUGAACUGGGUCGGGGGCUCCCGGACCAGGAUCCUGAUAAAACAAGAAAGAAGAAAGCAGAAGGAAGAAGGCUAUUCUACCUUCAUAGAGCUGACCAACUUGGUUUAUAGCUACACUAUUCAUGGUUGCUCAUAAUUGGACCAGCCUACAUAUACAUCAAGCAUCAGAAGAGUGAAUAAGAAUCUGAUACAUAGUUAUCUAUCUAUAAAGGAAAAUGAAAUCAUAAAGCUUGCAGGAAAAUAGGUGGAACUGGAAAUCAUCAAAUGAAAUAAGCCAGAGCAGGAAUACUUUGAAAGGAAUAAGUUAAAAUCAAAAAUGAAAUUACUAGGUGUUGUUUCACCUGUCACGAACCCCUCUGUCAGUUUAGACCUCCUUAAUCUGUAUGUGGUAAAUCAGAUAUCAUCCAAGAAGGAGACAGCUGAAACCAUGAAAAGACCAACUCAUGUGAAUAUGAAUAGAGAUUUGAAAAUCCCAAUAAGAAAGCAUGAUCUAGAACUUCCAAUGUCACCUCCCUGUGUGCCUUCUAAACUGCGCAUCGAUGAUGUGGAGGACUGUGUACCCUAUCAAAGAUUCUAUAGCAAGGAAGAAACUGGCCCAGUUCAAUUAUCACAAGACAUGAACUCAUACAGAAUGUUCAACAAGACAGGAAACUGCAGUUCUAUUCCACCACCUUUUCCAGAAGAAUUACCCCCUAACAGACAUAUUCGGAGCCAACAUUCCACCCCAAGAGUAGCUCCAAGUCCUCAACAAUUUGCAAUUGAAACCCCCCACAAUGGGCAGUUCAGUGAUAGAAAAUUUCCUGAGUCCUUAUUUUCAAAAUUAAAUAAACAUCAAAAUGUUUUCAGUUCAUCUCAGAAAACAGCGGAGUUUGAAGUGUCAUACAAGAGAACAAAUAGUUCAGAAACUGGUGAUUUCCUUACUAAAAGAUCCGUGAUCAUGGGUGAAGAUUGCAGAAGCCUGCAUGGAAGAAGACAGCCAGACUUUGUUGUGGGAAAAACGUCAGUGCAACAGAUUUGUGCAAACAAUGGAGAAGAAUUUUCUCAUUUUCUUGAAGAUGUGGUCUACCCAAAUCAGAGACACCUUCCAGGCAAUCAUAACUCUUUUGUUAAUCACAACAUGAUCGAUUUAUUAAGCAGAGAUCAGCCUGGGAGGAGAGCAAGCUUUUCUAAGUGUGGUUAUGACAGCCUGAGUGAUGGCCAUGUUGUGUCUUCUGAUGAGAGCCAUUCCACUAGUGGGCUCAUUCACGGGGAGCUUACAGUUCCACAGGCAACUCCUAGUCUUCCUUUUAACACAAGUUACACAGAAACAUGUCAGUCAAACAGGCCCUUCCAGGAGUACAACAGCAAUGAAAUAAAUGAAUUUAGAAGGUCUUUUGAGAAAGAUUGUUACCCUGUCAUCUGUGGAAGAAAAGGAAAAAUUGCAAGUGAUAACCAGUUGAAAGAACUGCAAAGAAAUGCCCAGGAAUACCCAGUGUGUGCUAUGGCUGAUAUUCCUUUGGAAGAAUUACAUCAUAAACAGUCAUGGGGUUUUGACCAGAAUGAGAUCCCAACGGGAAGAAAAGAAACAUUUCCUGUCAAAGGGAGGCCAGUGUCUACUGAGAAAAUCUAUCUGGAGUCUUCGCAGAGCAGCCAGUCUGCCAGCUACUCUCCACGGCCAACCGAGAGCACGUUCAGCUCCAGUUCUGACUUGAUAUCUGAAGAUGAAGAUCAGAUACAGCAGCAAAUUGAAGGUUCAAACAAGAAAGCCACAGAUAAUUGUUGUCUGGAAAAGAUGGAAGAUCAUUUAGAUGACAUAACUGUGAAAGACAAUGCCAAAGUUCAUAAACAGAAUCAUAAAUUUCACCAGUCCUUAGAGAAAAAUAAUACUGAUACAUUUCCAGAGUCUCAGUGCAAUUCAGAGCACAUAACACAAAACAAAAGCACUGAAAACUGCAUGCUACAGGCUGGGAGCUGUGAUGUAGGGGUACAGACAGAGGAAGCUCCCAAUGUGGGGAGCACAGCAGAUGUUGCUGUACAGUGCACCCUCCUCACACGGUGCUGUCAGAGUAGUCCCAGUGUUGAUACUGAAGAGGAGUCUUCCCAUCCUGAGGCUUGCAGCUGCACUGAAGAUAGGGUGGCAGAAGCCACUGGAGGGCAGGGAACACUCAAGAGUGACUCAGUCUCCAACUAGGAAUUAGUGUUUCAUUUAACCUUGGAAGGCAAUAGAAAGUUUUCAGAACUUUGUUAACAUUAUACUUAAUGAGAAAAUGAGGCUGAACAUAAAGGGGGUUCUAAGAACUAUUGUUUCUAUUCAAUUUUAAUAUUCAUGUAUUUAAUAGUUCUCUUGUCUGAGUCACAGUUUCUAUUCCUGCACAAAACAUCAUAACCAAGAAGCAAGUUGGGGAGGAGAGGGUUUAUUUAGCUUACACUUCCACAUUGCUGUUCAUCACCAGAGG